AUGACUUCUGGAGAUUCAAGAGAACGGUUCUCUGAACAUGCUCCAGGAUCGCGUGGUGUUUUUGAAAAUUUCGCAGAUGCAGAUCUGUCAUUAAUGUCAGCAUCUGAGAAUACAGAGAGGUCCUGCAGUUGGCAAGAGUUUAGGUUGUUUCCAUCUAGAUCAUCAGACUCCUUUGAAACCUUUGAGACAGACAGCUGUACUGGAUACAGUGCCUAUGAAUCUUUUGAUUGUGCAACCCCAAAUAAUGAACACGAAAAUGGCGGAUAUGAUGUGCACUCUGCGGCCUGGACCGAUGACAUGAUGCUAGGUUGGCGUUUGCCUAAUCGAAAGUCUUCUGGAAGGUCCAGGUCACCACUGUCAGACAGCGGCCGAAGUGAAUAUUCCUCCUUUAAUGAUUUUUCUGCCCCUUCGACAUCCUUUACCACCACAUACACAAGGCCUGCACCCAUUGGCUCCCGUGGCAGAGCUACGUCUGUGUACAUUGAGCACCUGCGUGGAGCGAGAGGAGGAGAUACCGCAGCAGAAUGCAGAGCAAAAAGCAGAGGUUUUUGUGGGCUGAGGGGUGCUGUCAGCAUACAGAACGUCCACUCUAAUGUGGCAGUACCAGUGUUCCGUGGGACCAAACGAAAGAUGAUGGCGCCAGUGUACCCAAGCAAGUUUGUCAAGAAGCCGAGGAUUGUCAGAACGACUCCUAACGUGGGAAUUGGUGCAGGUGUGUCUGCAAGAAAAAAGAGUAAUGGUUCUCUUAAUUUUAGUCACCAUCAUAUUUCUUCUGAUGGGAAGGACCUGAGCACAGAAGGUGAGGACAAGAAGGUUCGAGUCAGAGAGAAGCGAAGACGCAGACGAGAGAAGAACCGUGAGAAAUAUGGGGACAAGCACAGAUUGGCCUUCACAUGUGCGUUUUGUAAGUUUCGAACAUUUGAAGACCAAGAUAUUGAGAAGCACUUCGGAGGCACAUAUCACCGUGAAACUCUAGAUUACAUUCGACGGCAUGCCAAGUUUGAUGACCGGGUCAUUAGUUUUCUCCAUGAUUGUAUGGUGCACAAGUUUCAUAAAACAGUGUCUGCUUUAUGCAAGUUGCGCACCUUCUCUGACCAGAAAAUAAACCAGAAAGUUAUGGAAGGGGUGACUGAGGAUGACUACAUGAGGAAGGUAGAGGUGGUGCACUGUAUGGCCUGCAACAUGUACAUUCCUGCAUUCUUCACUUCUGUACAGCAGCAUCUCAGUUCUCCCAUGCACUUAAAAAGCAAAGUGGUGUACAAAGAGCAGCUAAAAAGGGAGAGCGUGCUUACAGCCAAAGCUAUCAUAAACAACAACAGUGUCAAAGUGCGCUAUGAAAAAUAUAUAAAGGGAGAAGACCCGUUUGUAAAUGAUGCCAAAGAAGAUACAAGUUCAGAUUCCUCUGAACAGGAGAGGCCUGAUGAACCUGAGGACAGGGUGGACAGUAGUGACUGAAAAUGAACUGGAGUUUGAUGUAGACGUGUAGUUCUCUAUCCAUAUGCUAUGAUGUAAUGAACUAAGUGAUCCCAUAUGCAGGUCUUGAAAGCUGUCAGAUUGUUUUCAUGGAACUCUUCUCUAAGUGAGGAACAUCUUUUCUCACUCAUUGCUGGUUUGGUUUGUUGCUUUUUGCGUUUGGAG